AUGUUCUAUAAGAAAUGUAUACCAGAUAAAGUUGAGAAAGAUGAGGACUCCUUAUUAGACGCAUGUGAGCUCGAAAAGAAGAAAAGAGAACUUGCGAAGAAGAAAAAGAAAAAAUGUGUAAAAAAACCCAUUUGUCCACCACCGCCUGAACCGGAGAAAAGUAUUUGCGAAGGACGUUCUAAAGAACCGCCUUGUUUAUGUUUAGAAAAAAUAAAAAACCCACCUAUAGAUCCGAGUGCAUUUAAAGACGAACAAGCAAUUUUAGAUGCAUUACGUUUCACGUGUAUGGUAAAACCGAAGCUUCCAGGACAGGAUCGCUGUGAUAAAAUACGUGAUUUAGAAAAUAACCAUCCUGAUAAAUCUAAACCUAAUUGCGAACCACCCCCACCACCACCUCCCCCUCCAAAACUAGAUCCCUGCGAAGAACAAGACAGAAGAGCGAAAAUCGCAGAGUGCAAGGCAAGAAUGAAAAGAUAUUUAGAAUAA